UCAUAAACCCCACUGAGAGAGAGUUGCAGAUUGAUUCACACUGAGGCUUCAGUUAAUCUCCUGCUGUCACCAACACCUCACCUCAUGCUUCGUUUCCUCUAUCUGGACGUUUCUCAAAGAAACUUGCAGCAGCAACCUUGCCAUUUUUAAACAAGUCUGUCCUGUUGCCUACUUGACUGUGAAGAUGCAGGGACAAUGCUCCAUAACUGUAUUGGCUGUGGUCAUUCUGCUGUUUGGGAUCUCAGAAGGAAAAAAUGAUUUCGUGGCAGUGAAUGAGAACUCAGUGAAUUUAACCUGCCCAUUCGAUGAACCUGUUGUCUGGUACAAAGGGACCAAUGGAAAUGAAUUGGGAAAGAAUAAAACUCACACUUUAUCAGCCAACAAUGGCAUUUCAAAAGGCCUUUUCCGUUGUGAAGCUAACAACAAAAAACAUUACUUUUAUGUCAAUGUGAGAGUUUGUGGAGACUGUAUUGACCUCGGCAUGGGCACAGUGAUUGGAAUCAUUUGUGGAGAUCUGUUGUUUACCCUCUUGGUGGUCACGGGCGUUUAUUGUUUUGCCAAGAAGCGAGGAGGACACUCGAAAGCCAAUCAAAAGUGGACAGCGAGAUGUUUACGACAAGUUGCAGCGAUAAAUCAGAGUGAGAAAUGGAUCUCCUACACCUCCUUGAUCUCCAAGGUCUCGUUGAUCUCCUGGAUUUCUCUCACUGUCCUUCCCACAAGUAACCCAACAAUAUAAACAUACGUCUGUCCUAAACACCUUGAUUCUCCCUCCUGAAGUGAGUGCUAUGUACUUCACCAGGGCUGUAGUAAAUCAUCCGACCAUGGGAGGCAUCACUGAUGCUGGUACAUUUGCAGUAAGAAUGAGAGACAUUGGUGAGAGACUCGCAUGCUACUAGAUUUCUCAAUUAAAUUUCCUCUUACUUCUCUCUUCUCCAGGGAGAACAAUCGCAGCUUCUCCAGUGUCUACACAUUCCUUGAUGGCCCUCCUCACCCUGAAACCAUCUUUAUAAAUAUCCCUGAUCCACGUGUGGUUCCCAGGAUAGAGUCUCCCAGCUGGUCUCUAACCAGUGAUUGCACAGGUUUAAGUUAAAAAUGCCUUUGAUUUUUGUCCUUUAAAUGCCAAAACUCCAUUUGUUUUCUUAAAAAAAGUAGCCAACACUGUCAAGGAAUCUGAGCUUCCUGUGAGUGUUCAAGUUUUACUCAAUGUCCCAGCUCACUGGGAGAAACAUGAAGGUGCACAAUCAGAAUCUUCCCUGUUAGACCCAGACCUUCAACCAGCAGUGUGUGCCCAAGUCACACCUGGUUCACAGAAACACCAAACACCUAUCUCUGUUUUAAUAAACUAAAGAACUGCAGAUGUUGGAAAUUUGGAACAAUGACCAGAAUUGCUAAAGAAACUCAGCCAGCCUGGCAGGACUCGAAAUGUUAACUCUGUUUCUUUCUGCACAGAUGCCGCCAGACCUGCUGAGUUUUUCCAGCAAUUUCUCAUUGUUUAACCUUUCUCUAUUUCUCAGGCUGUGUUUGUUUAAAAGUGAUUUUCCGAUGUUCAGUUGCCUAGCCUAUCAGCUGUGUCCUUUAGUUAACAAUGUCCCAACAAUUCGCUGAAGGAAUGACCAAUCAGCAGCGUUGUUAUUCUUGUUGAUGGAGUGAGAAGGUGUCAGGUGCCUCUGAACAAUGGGAAGUCUAUUCACUUCUUGUCCACUUGUGGCCACCAAUCAGCAUGUCCCAUCUUUCAUCAUUGAGGAGGGGGAUAUUCGUGGAGCCUCCUCCUCCAGUGAAUUGUUUAACCAUCCACCACCAUUCACAACUGGAUGUGGUAGGACUGUGGAGCUUAGAUCUGAUCUAUCACUCGUUGUUUAUGCUGUUGGCAUUAUAACCGUCAUCACUGGCCAUGGGUUCAACAGGAUCAGUGUGGCUGGGGAUUAGUUCAGAUGCUGGAGACACUAACGAGUGCCCCAGUCAUUGACAAUUCAAAGCCUCCCAUCAGGUGACAAGCCCUGAGUCAGGGGGAGGGGACACAGUCUUGAAUUGCUAGAUCUGUUCAAAGUCUGUCCCAUUCAGCACGGUGAUAGUGCCACACAACAUGAUGGAGGGUAUUCUCAAUGUGAAGGUGGGGCUUUGUCUACACAAGGACUGUACAGUGGCCAUUCUUAUCUAUACUGUUAUGGACAGAUACAUCUGCAGUCAGCAGAUUGGUGAGGAUGAGGUCAAGAAUGUUUUUCCCUCUUGUUGCUUCCCUCACCACCUGCCGCAGACCCAGUCUAGCAGCAAUGUCCUCUCGGACUCGACCAGCUCAAACAGGAGUACUGCUGUUGACCCUCUUGGUGGUGGGCAUUGAAGCCCCCCACCCAGAGUACACUUUGUCCCCUUGCCAUCCUCAGUGCUUCCUCUAAGUGUUCCACAUGGAGGAUACCGAUUCAUCAGCUGAGCGAGGACGGUACGUGGUAAUCAGCAGGAGAUUCCUUGCCCAUGUUUGAUCUGAAACCACAAGACUUUAUGUCGCCCAGAGUGAAUGUUAAGGACUCUCAGGGCAACUCCAUCCUGACUGUACCAUUGUCUGCUGGGGCUGUCCUGUUGGUGGGACAGAGUAUAUCCAGGAAUGGUGAUAGUGGGGUCUGGGGCAUUGUCUGGAAGGUAUGAUUCUGUGAGUAUGUCAGGGUGUUGAAUGCCUAAUCUGAAAAGCAGCUGUUUCACUUUUAGCAUGAAAUUUCAGUAAAGAAAGACUUUGCACGGCCACCUCGGCUGGUCUGCUAUCAUCAUAACCCGGGGCUGAGUUGAUGUCAGGUGGUUCAGCCAGUUUUCAUCCUAUUUCAGGCUUCUUGGGGAUUUGAUAUGACUAAGCAGCUUGCUAGACCAUUUCAGAGGGUGUUUCAGAGUUAACCACAUUGCUGGGGAUCUGACUCACAUCUAGGCCAGAACAUGUAAGGAGGUAGAUUUCCUUCCCCAAAUAAGCAGGGCUUUGACAAUCAUUGAUGAUAGUUCUGUGGUCACAAUUAGGCAAGUGUUUAAUUUCAGGUUUUAUUAACUGAAGUUGAUUUCCUCUAUCUGCUGCAAUGGGAUUGGAACCCUGUCCCAAGAACAUUCACCUGGGUCUCAGGAUUACUUGCCCAGUGACGUUAUUCAUCAGCAUGGAUCAUGAUCCUAGAUCACCUCUAAGACACCAUUGAACUUCUAAUUACAAUGUGUGUUUUUAACAAAAAUAAAUACAAGUAAAAUAUGACCUGCAGAUGUGAACUAGGGUUUUCUUGAGACACACUCUGGAAUGUCACACUUGAAAAAGCCAAAGAAUCUUCAUAGAGAAAAUUAUAUGUCAAAUAGAAAUGUAAUCUUUGGUGACUGUCUCAGAUUGAGAGCAUGGUGGGAGAAAAGAGAGCGUUCUGGGUAAGAAUCAGGUUCAUGUUGUCCCCUUUCAUGUGUGUACAAGGACAGGUCUUUGUGUGUCAGUGAUCUGAGGUGCUCAUGUACUCAUGGGCUGGAUUACCCAUCUGUAGCUGCAUGGAGGGUAUUACUCCCUCACUCUGAGUGAUAGAAGCCAGUUGAAAGAAAACCAGACGAAAGAAGUUUGACUGACCUGCAAGCCAGAAAAAUCCAAAUCAACUGAUCAGCUAUCAAUGUUCCACCAUUUACUCUUUAUGAACAAUCUUGAGACUGAUCUGUACAACUUUAGGUUUUAUCUUUUUUGGACACAUUUCUCAUGUUUAAUUUGUGUGUUGCAUUAUUAUAC